GCCGAGGGGGCGGAAUUUCCCGGCCGACUGGGACACGUGGCUCCGUGUCUCCAAGUCAACGUGAGCUUUUGGGAUCCUACAUUCAUUCCGAAGCCAUUUGCUCCUACAUACCACUACCCCGCCCCUAAAUAAGGCUUGACAGCGACGGGGAGAGGACGGGGAGACACCGUGUGGCGCGGCUGCUGUGAAAUCUGACGGACCAUGACUCUGGAAGCGAUCCGGUACCGGGCCGGGUCCCUGCAGAUCCUAAACCAGCUGCUUCUUCCGCACGAGAGCGUGUACGAUGAGAUCCGUACGGUGCAGGACGGAUACGAUGCGAUCAAGGCAAUGAAGGUGCGGGGGGCUCCAGCGAUAGCCAUCGUGGGCUGUCUGAGCCUGGCCGUGGAGCUCCGGGCCGGCGCGGGUGGGGAUGACCCCGUUUCCUUCAUCCGGGAGUCGCUCAGCUACCUGACGUCGGCGAGGCCCACCGCCGUCAACAUGGGCCGGGCGGCCCGCGAGCUCAUGGAGUUCGCCGUGAACGAGAGCAUGGAAAAGCCACCAGACCAGCUGCGGGAGAGGUACCCGGGCCCGCAAUGGAUGGAGGUCCAGAUAAAAAGAGCCAUACAUAAACAGUUUAAUCUCCCACAUCAUUCUUCCAGGCCAAGCGCUUCAUUAAAGGGUAUUUCGCAGGAUGAGGGGACUCGAACCAGCAGCCUACAGCAUGCAGAUGGGGUUAAUGGUCGUGUCUCCGGCGUCCCUUUCACCCUGGCCUCUUCCGCAGGCGUGGUCCGCUCGCUGCACGCCCUCGGCCGGCUGAAGAGGCUGUACUGCACAGAGACCAGGCCGUACAACCAGGGGGCGAGGCUGACCGCAUACGAGGCUGUGGCCGAGGGCAUGCCAGCCACACUCAUCACGGACAGCAUGGCGGCGCUGACCAUGCGGCAGCAGGGCGUCACGGCUGUGGUGGUGGGAGCCGACCGUGUGGUCGCCAACGGCGACACGGCCAACAAGGUGGGCACGUACCAGCUGGCGAUUGCAGCCAAACACCACGGCAUCCCCUUCUACGUGGCAGCGCCCAGCACCUCCUGUGACCUGAGCAUGGAGACUGGCAGGGACAUCGUGAUAGAGGAGCGCCCCCCAGAGGAGCUGACCAGCAUCAAUGGCAACCCCAUCGCUGCCCCAGGCAUCGAGGUAUGGAACCCAGCAUUUGACGUGACCCCACACCAGCUGAUCACUGGGGGCAUCAUCACAGAGCUGGGCGUCUUCCUGCCCUCGGAGCUGCAGGCGGCGCUGACGGGACGCCUCACCGCCCUCUAGACCCACUCUCCACUACCCGCCCACCCCCCUGCCCCCCCCCUUUGCUCAACACACACACACACACACACACACACACACACUCACUCUACUGGCAUGUGGCAUGGGGGGGAGGGGUAUUGAUCACCAUCACAUUGACACUGUCGUCUGGGGUGGUUACGCACACAAACUGCCCCCUCGCCCCCCCCUCCACCUCCAUCAUCCCGGUGCCUGUGUCCCUCUCCCCACCCUCGGUGUCCUCCUUUCUCACCCUCAGACCUGCCCCUCCACACUGUCAGCAAUUCUCAGCGGCUGCCCUCAGUUGAAGCUCAUUGUUUCUAUUCAGAGGCUUUAGAUGCAUUUUGAGUGGGAAAUGCACGCAUUCCAUGUAAAUAAAUGCUUCUGGCCACAUGAAGUGUGUGCAGGCUGCUUGGGGCCUUAGGGCGCGCCAGUCAGGCACCCUCCUAAUGACAGCGGUACUGAGCGGCCGAUCCCGCCUCCUCGGCGCCUCGGCCUGUAUGACAGCGGUACUGAGCGGCCGAUCCCGCCUCCUCGGCGCCUCGGCCUGUAUGACAGCGGUACUGAGCGGCCGAUCCCGCCUCCUCGGUGCCUCGGCCUGUAUGACAGCGGUACUGAGUGGCCGAUCCCGCCUCCUCUGCGCUUCGGCCUGUAUUUAAAUACAUAUCAGCCUGAUCUAGAUAAGUGAUGCGGUUACACUCCAAAUUACUAUCCUUAAGCAGAUUACAAACAUAUAUAGUGCAAAAUUUUACAUAUUUGGAAUUAUACCAAAUGUUAUUAAAUCUUUGUCUUUUUUUUGUAUUUCUGUUUUAGAAAUUUUUAUACACUUAGGAGGCAGAGUUGGUUUGUUCACAAAAGUUCAGCCCUUCUAUCAAGAUCAUUUUAAAUGUUGAAGUACCAUCUGAAGACUGUGGGGUCCCAAUUUUUAAUCCAUUCCUUUGUACCAUGUGCGCCCCCCCCCACACGCUGUACAGCACCUGCACUGAAUGUCACCGACCCAUCCCGUGCCGGGUGGGUCACCUCUACUCACUUGCCUUAGGCUCAGAAGUCAGAAAUUCAAAGGCUGGUGUACAAAGGUGUUGGUACAGUUCAAAAUGGGCCUGGGGGAGAGUUGGGGGGUGGGAUUGAGCAUCACAAGCCACACAAGGCAGAGAAAUAGGGACUAAAAGAAAAUGUAUAGUAAUUAGUGCUUAUAUUGUAGAUCAUAAAUAAAUACUCCAUUUUGCAUAGCCCACUGCUACCCCUCUCACAGGCAACCCAGCUGGAUUAAAUAGCCCAUUCUCCAUCACCUCUUUCGCAACCAGUCCAGCUGGAUUAAAUAGCCCAUUCUCCAUCACCUCUUUCGCAACCAGUCCAGCUGGUUUAAAUGGCCCAUUCUGCAUAGCCCACCCCAUCACCUCUUUCACAGCCAGCCCUGCUGGUUUAAUUAGCCCAUUCUGCAUAGCCCACCCCAUCACCUCUCACAGGGAGCCCUGCUGGUUUAAAUAGCCCACACUGCAUUGCCCAACCCCAUCACCUCUUUCACAGCCAGCCCUGCUGGUUUAAAUGGCUCAUUCUGCAUAACCCAUCACCUCUCACAGCCAGCCCAGCUGGUUUAAAUAGCCCAUUCUGCAUAGCCCACACCUAUUGCCUGUUUCACAGGUAGCCCAGUUGGUUUGAGGAGUCCCUUGGGAUCAGGGUGUCUGUCCAUCCUCAGCUUAGAACACUGUGCUCUGACUUCGUGGCCUGUUUUUUUUUUAAUGAAUUGGAAACUGGAAAAUAUGGGUGCCCAGUCAAGCUGCGGUUGCCUGGGAGACCUCACACAGGGGGAGCUCAAGUCAGGACAUUUCCAUUUUGAGGAGCAGGGGGGGGGGAGUAAGAGUCAAGAAUAAUGUAGCAACUUCAUCACCAUAUGUGUUUGAUUGAUGUUUCAGGUUUGUUCGGUAUCAUGAAGAAUUGUGAUUUUUUUUUUCUUCCUGUGAUUCUUGGUGAUGAACUGUGAUUUAAGACCAGGACUGACAGACCUCUUUCACAAAAUACUGACCAGCCCAAACACUGAGUUCAAAACAAAAACCUUUUUAAUGAACCUAGCGGGUCCCUUCCGCGCUUCCCUGGGUGAGCCCUGUAUAGUGAACCCAAGUCGGUCCAUCACAGAGUCCAUGAUCAGCCCUAACAAUGGUGCCACCACCUGACAGACGCCAAAGACGGAUGAACGACGUGAAAGUCAAAAUGUAUUGCAUGGCGGCAAGAUUAAUAUGAGUGAAAAGACGAGCUGUAACCACGGGAUGAUUGCGGACGGGUACCUGUGGCGGUCAGUGUUAUGUAAGAGGCUCUCUUUUAAGGUGUUAUCGGUCACGACUUUGUCCGCUUAUUUUAUCCUGUGGAAAUGGUACCGCUGGGUGUCUUUUUAAAUAUAUCACUAUAUGCUGUAUAUUACAUACUUAAAGGAAGAAAUGUUUCUUUCACCACGACUUAAAUAAAGGAUCGAGACUAAA